AUGUUUCAGAGACCUUUUUCUUUUGGGCUUUUAGAUGACAUGCUGCCAAAACCUCACAUUGAAGCUUUUGGUUCUCCUCAGCCUUAUCCAUACUACCCAGCUUAUGUUUUUGAAUUGCCAUACACUUUGAAAAAACAAGCAAAUAAACUAGAUACUCAAGAAUCUUCAACAUACACAGAAUAUACCAUAGAGACUUUUGAUUCUAGGUCAUUUCUUCCAGAAAAGGCAUUUAUGCAAAUGCGUGGCAUAUCUGAUGUUAAAACUUUUAUAAGCCCUAUGUCUCUUGUUUCAUUUUCAUCGGAUGGGCUCUCUCUCUGUACAGAAAAUAAUGUUUUAAACUAUCCUAGAUUGACAGCUCCAAGAGAUCUUAACAUUCCUAAACCCUUACAAUCUCUCGAUAUCAAGGCAAAAGUUUCAUUUCCAGUCUCUAAUAGUGAAUGUGCUGUACAAGAAAUGUUUAGGGCUAAUAAAAACAGCCUUGAUAUCUGGGAAGUUGCCACUCAAGUAGAUAAAAAUGUCCCUGAAGACAUUUGGGAUAUAGUAUCAAAGAUGCCACCUGUCAACGAGAGACAAAUCAUUGCUACUUCAACAAGGGAAGUUGGUUUGUGGCAAAAACUUUAUAGAGAAGAGCUUCCACAUUUAAGUGUUAUAUCUGAGAAACAAUUUAUAAGGCACAUCAUGUACUUGAUAAUUGGUGUAGAAACAAGUUCAUUCCCAUUUAGUGAAGAAUCAAACUGUUUUUAUAUGAAAGAAAAUUUUGUUUUGGAGGGGAUUUCAAAGGAGCAUCUGCAAGGCUAUGUCGGUGAUUUAUUGCUAGUCGGUACAUACUAUAAGCGUUUAUAUAAAUUCGCUUUUAACCAAACCAUUGAGGAUAAUUUCCAGAGCAAAGGGCUUGUUCAUGAGGCUGCAAGAGAAGUUAUUAGACGGUAUCUUUUAGACUUUCGUCUAGUAGCUACGGAAGUGUACGGCGACUCCUGCAAGAAUAUUUCUGAAGAGCUGAACUGCAUGCCAACACUACUGCAAAUCUUGCAUCAUAUUGAACCCUUAAAGCAUGAGAUUAAAACCAUCGCCUCCAUUUACAAAAUGAUCGAUUCAGAUCCCAAAGCCACAAUACCUAAUGGAGCGGAGCUAAUGUCAUAUUUAUUUAACGAGAUAUCGCUGGUUACACACAAGACUACUGCACGCACGUUAUUUAACUGUCUCUUUUCCGUGUGCAAAGUUUACUUCAAAUUUAUCGAGAGGUUCAUAUUCGAGGGGGAAUUGGACGACGCGCACAACGAGUUCUUCAUAAGGAGGGACGGCCAAUACGUGAACUCUCGCUCCAAACGCUACUGGGACAAGGGCUUCCAUAUAACGCUGAGCGUUGCGGUCCCCGAAUUCCUGCGGGCACUGGCAAAGUUCAUACUGUUGUGCGGCAAGUCUUUGAGGCUGUUGAAGUUGUGCAAUCCCAGCGAUCCGUUGGUCCUGUUGAUAUCGUCCGACCACCCGUCGGUGAAAUGCUGCGCCAGCUUCGAGGAGUUGGAGCGGCAGCAGCAGGUGCUGGACGUCUACCGGACGAGGUGCCUCUUCGUAAGCGGGGAGCCGGUCACCUUCGACCAGAUACUGCUAAACAAGGAGGCCGAGAGGAAGGCCUUCACGGAGAUGGCCUCCUUGAAGCAAGCCGAGACGAUGGAGAAGAUCGUUGCCGAACGAAAACGUUUGGCGCAAUUGAUAAUCGCCGAGAAACAGCAUUCGCUUAGAGUGCUGGAGGCCGCAAUGGCCGAGGCGAAGGCGGCGAAGAACAAAGCCAAGCAGAGGGAGAGGAAGAAAAAUGAGCUCGAGGAGGAGUUGGAGAGGGCGACGGAGGAAGUGGACUCCAGGCUGAAGGCAGACGAGAGAAUCAAAAUAAUGGAAUAUUACUCCAAAUUAAACAUGGAAGUGGAAAAGAGCAAAAUACACACCGAAUGGAAGAUCAAACGUUUGCAGCUGGAUCAGAGCAGGAUACAGUUGUUGUCGACCGAGGAGAGGAAUUUGAAGCGGGAGAAACUGGAACUCGAGCACAAGCGUAACGGCGAAAACAUGGAAAUGUCCAUAGAGAGUCUCGAUUUGAAAUCGGGAGAGACCGACUCCAGAGACACCGACAUCGAGAACGAAACAAUCGAAAAGGAUCAAGCGUCUAACGUUCAAACACCGGACUCGACGAAUUCCAAAGCGAUGAGCGAUGAUUCCGACAAAUCUACGAAUUUUACCGAUAACAGCAACGAAAUACUCGCGCCCGCACGCGCUAUCGCUGCGAACGAGGGUGGGGAAGGCGAUAACGCGAAGCAACUGGAUCGCCAGGGGAACGUAUUGAACGUUGACCGCGAGAACAACCGCGAGAGGAGGGACUUCUCCACGUCCAGUGACGUCAUCGGGGGGAAACUCGACGCCGAGGUCGACAACCGCACGUUUCUAGGGGCGCGCGACGACGCGCUCCGGAACAAACUGAAAGUGAUGUACCACGAGUUCGGCCGCACCGACGACCAGAACAACGAGUUGGGACCGCGGAAUCCGUCCGCCACUCUCACUCCCGUAGACGAGGAGAACAACGAAUACACAUCGGAGGCGAGACGGAACAAACUGAAAGUGCUCGGCACUGAGUUCGGUCUCCCCGUAGCCGAGGUAAGGGAGCAGCCGGUGCCGAAGACGGACGCCCAAAGGGAGGCGAUGAGGAACAAGCUGAAGGUCCUCGGCGUGGAGUACAACCUGCCCUUCGAGGAUGUCGCCAAAAGUCGGCCGGCGAACGCUGCCCAGGAGGAGGCGAUACGCAACAGGGCCAGAGUGCUGGGCUCGGAGUACGACGAGCGUCUGACCAAAGCCAGCCCGAAGUUCGAAGCCGGCAAGAGGGCGGCACUCACGCUCGACUUGAAGCCGUUCGUCGAUACGCCGGGUUCGAAUCUCCUCGCUCCUAAUACCGGCUCCGUCACGCCGGCCGAUCUUUUUCCCAGACUCGAUCUGGAAACGCCGACCACGGCGGACAUUCACAUGGAUGGGGCGGCCACCAGCGAUAUAUUCUCGGCGGCCAGGCCCGACAAGGAGUAUUUGAGCUCGCAGGGGUUCGACUUCUCGAUUAUCGUCGACGAGAGCGCCGUCACCGAUACAGGUGAGCUCGCCGAGAACAGUCCCGGCUCGUCCCCGAGAAAAGCGAACAAAUCCCUCGAUUUAAAGGACCGUUCGAACGGAUAUACGUUCCAUAACCUUAUGGACGGAACGUACGACUUCGAGAACUUCGACCCGUUCGGGAUGAGGAGUUUCGAGAAUUAUUCGGAGGAAUGUUUUGGGAAAGCGGUGGGAGACUGCCCGCCUUACACCCACCCGGCCGCCAUAAUGGAGGAGGUCAAGAAGAAACCAUACAACAAUAUUUUCGUGUCCAAUUAUAUAGCCGACGAGGAUGUUGGCUCCAAUGUUGAGGGCAACAAUAUAGCAACGCUCACCGCGUGCCUCCAGAGGUCUGUGAUGCUGCCGCUCACUUACCAACUGGAGGUGGUGAACAACUCGAUCCUGACGCACUUCCUGGUCAACCUGGACAUGUACGAGCAUCUGAGGAGUCUGAAGGACUACUUCUUCCUGAUGGACGGGGAGUUCUCGAGGAGCAUCUGCCACAAUCUUUUCGCGAAAUUGACGAAGACCGUGAAUCCGCAGGAGCUGCUGAAUUUUGCCACGCUGCACAACAUCCUAGAUAAAGCGCUAGGCUCUUCUAUAUCGCAUGUCCACAAGUUCUCAGAGAACCUCUCCUUCACCAUAACCGAGCCGCCGCUGAGCUUCCAGCACAGUUCUCCAGACGCCCUCCAGUGCCUCUCGCUCACUUACACCGUGGGCUGGCCCCUCAACAUCAUUCUGUCCCAAGAAGCCCUCCUUCGGUACGCCAGGGUGUUCCAGUUCCUUGUCAAGAUGCGCCGAGUGGCCUGGGCCCUGGGAGAGGACUUCCAGACGCUGAAGCUGAGCGCGAAGGUGGGGCGCGGGCGGUCGCGGCGGCUGGUGCGCUCGCCGCAGUACGUGUCGGCGCAGGUGUUCCGGCACGUGAUGGCGGCGCUGGUGCGCGCGCUGGAGGGCUACAUGGCGGCCACGUGCGUGCAGGCCGCGUGGCUCGAGUUCGAGCGCGCGCUGCGCAAGGCGCGCACGCUCGACGACCUGCACGAGUGCCACGUCGCGUACGUCAAGAAGGUGCUCUUCCGCUGCCUGCUGAACAACCGCUCCGCGCCCGUCAUGAGGCUCCUCAACGACAUCUUCACCGUCGUGCUCAAGUUCAGCCGCGUGCUCAGGGCCGGCGAUUGGCAGCAGGAGGCGCCUGAUGCGUGCUUCACGCACCCGAACUUCGCCCAACUCGAGGAGUUGUUCCGUCUGUUCGAAAAGUUGGCCAAAUAUCUGCAUAAGGUGAUUACGAAACUUAUGGAGUGCGGCUACCAGAGGCACCUGGUCGAACUCCUGACCAUGGUCAACUUGAACGGCUACUAUGACCCCGACAAGUCGAAGGAGGAGCAAAAUAGUACGAUGCGCAGCGAGCAGUUGCCGUCU